GCUCCAUAGCUUAGCACUCAACCUCACAGCUACAACUGGCCAUGCCCAUUUUGUUCCCCAUCAUCAUAUAAACUUGCUCUCGCUCGUACUCUCGUUCUUGUUUUCACUCUGAGUCAGAUGGCUGACAGACAACCCGGAAACAAUGGUUUCCCAGACCAACCACAAGCACCUAUUCCGGGUUUCGAACCCCCGAAGAAACCAAAGAGAAACAAGUUUGCUUUUGCUUGUGCCAUUUUAGCUUCCAUGAAUUCUAUCUUGUUGGGCUAUGAUAUUGGAGUUAUGAGUGGAGCAUCAAUCUACAUCAAGAAGGACCUGAAGAUCAGCGAUACACAAGUGGAAAUCCUGAUGGGUAUCCUGAACCUCUACUCUCUUCUGGGGUCGGCGGCGGCGGGCCGGACCUCGGACUGGAUCGGACGCAGGUACACCAUAGUCAUGGCUGCCGGAAUCUUCUUUGCGGGUGCGCUGUUGAUGGGUUUCGCCCCAAACUAUGCAUUUCUUAUGUUUGGCCGCUUUGUCGCCGGCGUCGGCGUCGGCUACGCUCUCAUGAUCGCCCCCGUCUACACCGCCGAGGUCUCGCCGGCGUCGUCCCGUGGCUUCCUCACAUCUUUCCCGGAAGUCUUCAUCAACUUUGGUAUACUACUUGGAUACGUAUCGAACUAUGCAUUUUCCAAGCUCCGACUGAACUUGGGUUGGCGAAUCAUGCUCGGAGUCGGAGCCCUUCCGUCAAUUUUCUUGGCAGUCGGCGUGUUAGCCAUGCCCGAGUCGCCGCGCUGGCUCGUCAUGCAGGGUCGACUCGGCGACGCCAAGCGAGUCCUCGACAGAACAUCAGACUCCAAAGAAGAGGCUGAGCUCAGACUCGUCGACAUAAAAGAAGCCGCCGGCAUUCCCGAACACUGGAACGACGACGUCGUCAAGCCCCCGAAACGCAACCACGGCGAGGCCGUGUGGAAAGAUUUGCUCCUCCAUCCCACGCCGGCCGUCCGUCACAUCUUGAUGACCGGCAUCGGAAUUCACUUCUUCCAGCAAGCGUCCGGCAUAGACGCCGUCGUUUUGUACAGCCCCCGAAUCUUCGAAAAGGCGGGAAUCAAAGAUGACACCCACAAACUAUUGGCGACCAUGGCGGUUGGGUUCGUGAAGACAGUGUUCAUCUUGGUGGCCACGUUUUUGCUGGACCGGAGCGGCCGACGACCUCUGCUUCUCACCAGCGUGGCAGGUAUGAUUGGGUCUCUGACUUUGCUGGCUGUGGGUUUGACCAUCAUUGACCACUCGCAUCAUAAGAUAACCUGGGCCAUUGCUUUGUGCUUGAUCACCGUGUUAUUGUACGUUGCGUUCUUCUCGAUCGGGAUGGGUCCCAUCACGUGGGUGUACAGUUCGGAGAUCUUUCCGUUGAAGCUGCGUGCUCAGGGUUGUAGUAUGGGUGUGGCCGUGAAUAGGGUCACGAGUGGCGUCAUCUCCAUGACUUUCCUCUCGCUCUCUAAGGCCAUCACCAUUGGUGGGGCGUUCUUUCUUUUCGCGGGAAUCGCAUCUGUGGCUUUUGUAUUCUUUUAUACGCUGCUCCCCGAAACACAGGGUAGAACCCUCGAAGAUAUGGAGGUCUUGUUUGGGACUUUUUUCAACUGGAGGGCCACUGCCAAGAAACUAAAGCGCCAGAAGGAGGUUAACGAUGAACGUGAUGGUAACGGCCAGGUUCAGAUGGCCACAAACACCCAAAACUAGGUUGUGUAAGGGGUAGUUAGGUCAAUACGUGUCUAGCUAAAGGUCUUUUAUGUCUUUUAAUCCUGGCGCAUGUGUCCCCUCUGGCUCUAUAGAAAUUAAAGCUCUGUUUCGGACGAAUGAAAAAGGGAAUGUGGUGAUCAACUCACCAAGUCACAUGUAAUGGAAACCCAAAAAUAGAAGGGAAAAAAAACAAAGAAGAGUUAAGCCUUGUUUGGUUAGAGAUGUGUCUUUUAUGAAACUGAACCACGGAGAUGGAUAGUUCCUAGAUGUGAUUUUAAAUAUGAUAAUGAAAAGGCUGGUUGAGAUCUUA